UAGAUCUAUAGAUCUAGAUUCUAUAUGUAUACAUCUAUUAGAAACAAAUGAUUUUUAAAUAUAGAUCUAGAUAAUAUCGAAAAAUGAUUCUCCUUGUUAUAAUUUUCUUCUUAGAAAUUGCAUUUUCAUUUCUACCAAAUCUUAGCGGAUUCAUAACUUCCUUGAUAUCAAGACUUGUCAUUAAGAUAGCAGAUGAAGAAUUAAACAUCCGGUCAGAAAUCAAAGAUUUGAAAGAGCAGCAGUCAAGUAUAAGUGCCACAGAAAAUUUUGCACAGUAUGCUCGGUUGCAAAGAAAAAUAGAUAAGCUGGUGAACACAGUGAAAGAAAGAGACAAAGAGAGAAGGACAUUCAUUGUCUACUUAAGAAUGAAAGUUACUGCUGCAAUAUACAUUGUACACGCUAUCGUCAUGCUGGUGCUGAUGGUUAUACUUCGCAGUGAGCCACUCUUAAUGCUAGAAGAAUCUUGGGUUUCCCCAUUUGCUAGAAUUGUUGCAUUUCCAACUGGAAUACCUGGAGCUGUGGGCUUAGGAUGCUGGGUUCUUGUCUCUAAUGCAGUGAUCCAUAGAGCUAAAGUUUUGGUGGAAAGUUUCCUGUGAGGCUGUUGAAGGAGACUGAUUUGUGUGUGACUUUUGUGUGAUUGGAGUACAUUUAUAUGUUGCAACAUUUUAGAGUAAAAGUUUUGGUGAAAAGUUUCAAGCAUGAGAGUUGAAACAAGAACUUUUUGUAGGACGUUAGUGUCAUUUGAGUGUGUGGGUUUGUGUUGCAACAGUUAUUAAAACCAAACACAGCCAUAAAUGAAGUUUUGGCUGUAACUUUUGUUAUGCUUUUUAAAUGCUUUAUUAUUAGUGUUUCUUACUUUAUUUGUGAAGAUAAUUUAGUUAGCUAUUUAAAAAAAUGUUUUGUAUAGCUGCGUAAACUUUUUUAAUAUGAAAUGUAUUCUUUCUUUAUUUUUUUGGAAAUAUUUCAUACACUUGCCAGUCCAUUAGUGUACACUUACUAUUUGAAGCAUUUCUAGAAAUAAUUCCUAAAAUAAAUUUAACACAGUUUUUUUUUUUUUUUUUUAACCUCCACCUUCAGUUCUUCAGUUAUUUGUUUAACAUUGACAAGUAUCAGUUUGGAAGGUCGAUACAGCACAUUGCUUUGUUUGUGUAUUUUAUUAUACCCAUUCCUUUUUUUCUAAUAAUCCUAUUAACUUCCUCAUGAAGACUGAUUUUUAACAUUACUUGUUAAGCAUUAAUGUUUUUGUUCGUUUAUUAAGAGUAAUAAUUAAAUGUUUAAAGAUAUGGGCCGUCAUAAAAAGCACAGAUCCUUUUUUUUUAUCGAGUGCAAUAACUAAGUUAGUGCAAAGAAAGUUUUGAUUGAACAUUUUUUUAUUUACAUUCUAAUUACAAGUGCCUUUCAAAAUAAAGAUACCUUUUUUUGUAUACCUUACAUUGUUUUGCUUCUUUCUGAAAUGAAACCAGGAAUGUGUACUAUUGCUAUUGUUUUGUGUUUAUGUGCAUUGUAGAAGGAUGUGCAGUGUGUAAUUGAGCCUAUAUUAAAAUGUCUAUGCCGAUUCAUUUUUUUUACCUUAUAUUUUGCUGCUUAACAUGUUUGUUAAACAAUGCAGCACUGAUCUAUAUUACUAAAGAAUUGCAUUAAUUUUAAUCAUGUAAAAAGUAUUACACAGCUGUUAAGUAAUGCUUCUUCUUCCCAAGUUCCAUUAGAGCAUGGAAUGGGUUACCUGAAUCAGCAAGGAAAACCAAUGACUUACCAGAUUUGAAGUUUCUAAUUGACAAGCAUGACUACAUUUACACAUGGACAUGCUUCAGACAUAUCUGUUCCUUCUGUUAAGAAGGAAUGUGUUUGUAAUUCAUAAGUUCAAAUCUUUCACCCUUCAACCUAGCAUCUCUAUUUACACCUGUUGACUUUUGUAAUAAAGCUUGCAAGCUGAAGACCCGAGGAGGAAAUUUGUUUGUAAUCAAUGGGUUGAAAUCUCACUUUUGCAAGUGCAAUAUGUCGUACCAUAAUGAAUGGCAUCAUGGGCCAUAGAAAUUACAAAUUAACCUUCUCUGUUGUUUAGAAUCAUUCGUUGUUUUAUUCCACUUAGAAAAAAUAAAUUCACAUCGAACAUCCGACCUACAUUAGAUUCUUUACAGUAUAUAGUAUUAUGUUGAUACACUAUGCCAGUGGUCUGCAAUUUUAAUUCAUUUUGUAUGCCAACAAUUGUGUAUGGUACAUAUCAGGUGUUUGAAAGUGUUGUGUUAUUGAGAUUUUUUUUGUAGCUCUUGUGUUUCAAGUAGUUUGAUGAAAGGAUUAAAGCAAGAAAAACUGAUACAAUUAUGUUAUAUAAUAUUUGUGUAAAAAUACUGCUUUAGAUCUGGAUGGUAUAUAGAACCAGUAUUUAUUCUUUUUUUCUGUUACAACAUACUAAUAUUUAGUCUCAUCUUCCCAAGAACAGCAAGGUAUUAUCAGUGGCAGGAUUUAAAUCACUAUCCCACAUCUUACAGCAUUACCACUCCACAAGAAUUAGUCAAGUUCCCCUUUCAGACCUUGCAAUUUAUAGGGCAGAUGAUGGCUAAUGAGGGUGCCAUGUGGCAAGCACAAUGACCAACCGCUUUUACUAUUCCCUAACUAAUGUCUCAAAGGUGCCUAAAGAUUCCAAAAUUAAAAAUCAGUGUUUACCAGCAUUCAAACCCGUAACCUCUGGUUCAGAAGCCAAGCACUUUAUCACUGAGCCACGACACCCCUCCACAAGAAUUGAGAUCCUAGAAAUAUAUUUCUUUGUUCUCCUUUUACUUUUUAACUAGCAUGUCGAGCCACAAUAAAAUUGAUGUAUUGGAUUCUAUCUUCUUAUUGGUUUCAGCCAUGUUGUGUCCUUAAUUUUAUGCUAUAUAAAGAACAAUUAUAAAAUG